UUUCGUUAUCAACGGCGAUUAUACUGGAUGCGAAGCGCUUCUCGCAUCUGUUGCCUCUGCGGGACUCUUUACUACUUCGCUGCUUUCUGAACAGCCUCACGCCCUGUGGACUCGCCUGAACGCUGUUGAUCCGGACGGCGAUGCACCGAGCGCACGCAGCGGGCAUGCGAUGUGCAUAGACCACGAGAACGGGCAGAUAUACCUAUUCGGCGGCUGGGACGGCCAGAAGAACCUAGACGACUUCUGGGUCUUCAACGUCCAGGCGGAAGCGUGGAAGAUCAUCAGCUACGCAACUCAGCGAGAUGUCAAUGGACCCGGCCCGCGAUCUUGUCACAAGAUGGUUUUCGAUACUGCGACAGGUGACAUUUACGUCUUUGGACGGCUGGACGAGGGCACUUCAGGAGACAUUGGGGAGAUACCAGCUACCAGUGUGCACUCGAGUGGGUUUGAUGCUCCAGUUACUUCGCCUGUCAGCCCUCGGCAGUCACCCCCUGGACCUCUCAGUAGCUCGCGCUCGUCUGUCUGGUCGAGUCGCGGUGCGCAAUUUUAUCGAUAUCAUACGAGAGGACGUGACGCGGGGAAAUGGGAAUUAUUUUUCAGGGAUACCUCGGUGACCGGUGGGCCCCCUCUUGUUUUCGACCACCAGAUGACGAUAGACUCUGGAGCGCAAGUCAUCUAUGUUUCAGGCGGCAGGGUUGUGGAUGGCGACUGGGAUUCUUUGAAAUUCUCUGCUGCAUACCCAUGCCUGCCUUCACGUUUCGGUCAUUCGAUGGUCUUCGACCAGAAGAUGCAGACGCUGUUCAUCUUUGGGGGACAGAGAGAAGACAAAUAUCUCUCGGACAUGUACGCCUACCAUAUUCCGUCAAAUACGGUGACGGAGCUAUUCUCGAACUUCUCGUCCGCUGGGGGCCCGGACGCAUGCUUCACUCAGCGUGCGGUUCUUGAUGCUGACCUACGAGAGAUCUACGUAUUUUGCGGUUUGACGCGAAACAGAUCUCAUACGGACAUUGUACUCGAGAGCGACUCGCCGUACUGGAUUUACAGGUAUGAGCGCCCAGAGCGACCAGGGAAAUGGACGAAGAUCCUUCUGGCGGAAGGCAGCUCCCCAAUGUCACCAACUAUUACACCGCUCGCUCGAUACGCUCACCAAGUUGUCUAUGACCCCACGACGAGGACGGCUUACAUGCACGGCGGCAAUGCCUGUUUGGAACCUACUUCGGAAGAUGGCCAACCUCGCUUGUCGUCUGUCAGGGCUACUGCAGGCAGCGGAAACAGGGUUGCGUCCGAGGAGCGUAUUGAGGACGUUGGGAUGGGGCAUAGCAAGGACCGACUGGACGAUUUCUGGAAGAUGAGCCUAAUACGACCAUCUGCGGACGAUAUGGUACGAAGAGGGAGGUACCUGAUACGGCAGCAACAGUUCCGAGAGCUUUGUGAGGACUCGACACCCAUCAAGGCACUCUCCUACCUCCAGACGGAAGUGUCGGCCGUGGUCGAUCACAACGAUGCGGAAGAGACGAAGGAGUUCCGUGCGCUGCUCGCACAUCUCUUGUCGCCCGCGGGUACCGAGACACCCUUGACAAAAAAGCGUUUGCGCGAGGAGGAUUCGCCCACGGCUCCACCCAAGAGCUUUGAUGAUGACGAGCCUAUGACCGACGCACACGCUAUCUCUCCGCCCGAGCCGCGGUCUGUCGUCAGCAUGCAGGAGGAUCCGGCGGAGCAGAAGCUGGAUAGGGCGUGCCCCGCGUCGCCCGAGCGGUUCAGGCAGCGGACGGGAGUGUUCGAGCAGCUGAUGGCCUUUGUGAAUUCCGACGCGAAGCAGCCUGACAAGGACCUCAUCAGACUCAUUAAUGUGGACUCUGCAGAUGUGUAUUAG